CACACGACGCGGGCUGCGACGCACGUACCACGCAGCCCGCUACGCCGGUAUUUCGAGUGUAGUGCAAAUGCUUGUGUUUAUAUGGCGCUCAUGUUACUACAAGUGCUCGUGUUCGGUGUGUUUGCGGCAGCGGCAGAUGAUGUCCCGCUAACAUGGUACUGGUCGUCGCGCACGCUCGUGCCGUGCACGCUGCCUGCGCCGGCGCCGCCGCUGCGCAGGCCUCCCCCUCUGCGCGGGGAGGACCCCCCCAGCCCGUACUCUUGGAGGCGAGAUGGGGCCAAUGACACGCACAAAAUCCUAGCCAACGGCACGCUAGACAUUCGCAAGCGUGAAGGAGCCGAUGGCGUGUACCAGUGUACCGCUGCGCUGCGCCGCGGCGCGUGCUAGGUUACCCUGUUCGGUUGAAAACUGCCCACCUGGACAAGUUCUCCAAAUACCCUGAAAACACGACGCCCGGCGCGGCCAGCCGGUCGCCAUACCCUGUGUCGUCAGCUCAGCGCCGCAAGCAACCAUCUCCUGGCUGAAGGAUGACCAGGACCUUCCUGCAGACGA